GGUUCACUCCCUUCUCUGUUCCCCCGCCUCUCCUCCUCCUCCUUUUUUUUUUUAACGGUAAACAUCCUGCCGAUUUUUGAACGGCUGGUUUGGGCGGCAGGAAGGGGAGAGGCCGCCAUCUUGUUUGUUGGAGUGGCUCGGAGAGGGGGGCGGGGGGGAGACGGAGGGAAAGGGGCGCAGCGGCGGCCGCAACGCUCACCCCAGCCCCUGGAGCCCACUGGCCUCGGCGGCCGCGCAGCACCCGAGGUUUGGGCAUAGGCAGCUGGCACAAUGUUCUACGCUCACUUUGUCCUGAGCAAGCGGGGGCCGCUAGCCAAAAUCUGGCUGGCGGCCCAUUGGGAUAAGAAGCUAACCAAAGCACACGUGUUUGAAUGCAACUUGGAAAGCAGUGUUGAGAGCAUCAUCUCGCCUAAGGUCAAGAUGGCUCUUCGAACUUCAGGACAUCUUUUACUGGGAGUCGUUAGAAUCUACCAUAGAAAAGCAAAAUACCUCCUCGCAGACUGUAAUGAAGCAUUCAUUAAGAUCAAGAUGGCUUUCCGUCCAGGUGUGGUUGACUUGCCUGAGGAAAAUAGAGAAGCUGCCUACAAUGCUAUCACCUUACCUGAAGAAUUCCAUGACUUUGACCAGCCCUUGCCAGAUUUAGAUGAUAUCGAUGUGGCUCAGCAAUUCAGUUUGAACCAAAGCAGAGUGGAGGAAAUCACAAUGCGAGAAGAAGUGGGCAACAUCAGUAUUCUUCAGGAUAAUGACUUUGGUGACUUUGGAAUGGAUGACCGUGAAAUGAUGAGAGAAGACAGUGCAUUUCCAGAUGACAUGUUGGAUAGCACUAGUGCUUCCAACCUUCUACUGGAGCCUGAGCAGAGCACCAGUCAUCUUAAUGAGAAAUCCAAUCACUUGGAAUAUGAAGAUCAGUACAAAGAUGACAACUUUGGAGAGGGAAACGAUGGUGGAAUCCUGGAUGACAAACUUCUCAGCAACAAUGAAGGAGGCAUAUUUGAUGACCCGCCUGCUCUUUCAGAAGGAGGAGUAAUGAUGCCUGAACAACCUCCUCAUGAUGAUCUGGAUGAUGAUGAUAAUGUUUCAAUGGGUGGACCAGAUAGCCCAGAUUCAGUAGAUCCAGUUGAACCAUUGCCAACCAUGACUGAUCAGACAACACUGGUUCCAAAUGAAGAAGAAGCUUUUGCUUUGGAGCCUAUUGAUAUCACUGUUAAGGAAACCAAGGCGAAGAGGAAGAGGAAGCUGAUUGUGGACAGUGUGAAAGAACUGGACAGCAAAACGAUCAGAGCCCAGCUAAGUGACUACUCUGAUAUUGUCACUACACUGGACUUGGCACCUCCCACAAAGAAGUUAAUGAUGUGGAAAGAGACUGGGGGUGUUGAAAAACUUUUCUCUCUACCUGCUCAGCCUCUGUGGAAUAACAGACUGUUGAAGCUCUUCACUCGCUGUCUUACACCUCUUGUACCAGAAGACCUUAGAAAGAGAAGGAAAGGAGGAGAAGCUGAUAACCUGGAUGAAUUUCUUAAAGAUUUCGAGAAUCCAGAAGCACCCAGGGAGGAACCACAGCAGCGCAAUGUUAUUGAUGAACCCAUCUUGGAAGAGCCAAGUCGCCUUCAGGAAACCAUGAUGGAAGGCAGCAGGACCAACCUGGAUGAAUCCGUCAUGCCACCGCCUCCACCUCAGACAGGUGUAAAGCGAAAGGCCUCACAAGUGGAACCAGAGCCUGUGCUUCCUGCUCAACCAUUGCAGCAAAUAGAAAUGCCACCAGUGGAAUUGCCUCCAGAAGAGCCUCAGAAUAUCUGCCAGCUAAUUCCAGAGCUGGAGCUGUUGCCUGAAAAGGAGAAUGAAAAAGAAAAGAAGGAUGAAGAGGAGGAGGAAGAGGAAGAAGAUGGUACGGGAGGCGACCAAGAUCAAGAGGAAAGACGGUGGAACAAGAGAACUCAACAGAUGCUUCAUGGUCUUCAGAGAGCUCUUGCCAAGACUGGAGCAGAAUCCAUCAGUUUGCUUGAGCUGUGCAGGAAUACAAACCGCAAACAAGCAGCAGCAAAAUUCUACAGCUUCUUGGUACUGAAAAAGCAGCAAGCUAUAGAGCUGACGCAGGAAGAACCAUACAGUGACAUCAUUGCGACUCCUGGUCCCAGAUUCCAUAUUAUUUGAAUGCUUGGCUUACCUGUAUAGUUAGCUUCAUUAAUGCUUACACAUUGUCCCAUGUGUAGGACCACAAAAGAAGAAGUCUAGAUUUCAUUGUCUGUACAGUUGUUGGCUUUUGUGCUUUUGGGUUUUUCUAUUACAUUUUACCACUUUUUUGUUUCUAGUACCGCUUCUGCACUGGGUGACUUAAGCUCCAGUUGCAGAGAAAGUGACUCAAGGACCUUUUUUAUAAAGAGUGUUUUAAAACAAACAAUUCACAAAGAUGUGUGCAAUAUUGGUGCAUGUAACUAUGACUAAAAUUGUUUUACAAUUAUCUGCUUAGUAAAUUAGAAUGCUAUUUUUAAUCAACUCCAGGAGACCCCAGAAGGUCAAUCUCAUUAACAUCUUUGCCAAAUGUGCCCAAAAUGUGCUCUUGCUUCCUCACAGUAGUGAAUUCUUUCUUCCCCAAACUACUGUCAGUGUUUUAGCAUCUUUCUGCUUCUGAUGGUGCCCUUGGAGCUGCCAGCUUGAAUGUUAGUGCCUGGCAGUAGUUGACUUUGCUGUGCCAUGGUAUCUCCAGAAGAAGGUUCAAGCAGCUCAUGGGACUAAACCUAAAUCAGUGUCCAUGGAAAUAAUAGUUUUACCAAAACCUAUGUCAGUGCAAAAGAUGGAACACUUCUUGGGUAUGUAAUAGCCAUUUUCAAUGUGAUCCACUUGUCAACAGCUAUAGUUGCGAGGAUGAGAUUGUUCUUAGACAGCUAACUAGAGCUAAGCUUGUUGAAUCCGUCUUGAGCAUUUUCGUUUCUUUAGAGCUUUGAAGAAAUACCGCACUUCUAGAACAGAUUGCAUACUUCUAGAACAGUAGAUGGCAAACAACUUGAUUUAAGUAAUCUGGUAGCUAGAAGGGUCUCGGGGUUUGUGCAAAUUAAUUUGUACAAAUUUAACAUAGGAUACCAUGGGCCAGCAAGCUCCAGGGUAAAUUUUAGAGACAGGUAAACUUUUAUCAAGCAUAAUUUUGUGCAAGUAUUGAAAUUGAAAUGUUGACAUUUAUUUUCCAAUAAUGCACACUCCUGGAACAUUGAAUAGCUCUGCAAAUGACCCAAGUUGGUUUCCCUUUUUUAAAAAAAGGUGUUACACUUAAGACCAGUUUAUACCAGAAAUCAUGUGACGACUAUAAUGAUGAUGAUGGUUAUGCCAACUUACUUUAGGGCAAAAUUACUCACUAAAGGUUUCGUUUUAAAUGUUGGCACUUUUGUGAAAUGAUUCUCUUCUGGGACUGAGAUUUCAUUGUAUACCCAAGUGUAAAAUUAUGUGAAUGUUUUUAAAUUUGCAACAUGUUUUAAUAAUCCUUGAGAAAGUUAAUUGUAUAAAAUAGUUACUGCAGCUUUAUUUUUGACAUGAUGUGCCUGUACAACCAUGAUUUCCCCCCCUUUGUACAAAGAGACAUUGUAGAUAAUCUGAAUGUUUAAUUAUAGAGAAGGUCAUUAGUUUCUUGUUAAAGUUUGUUAGUCUGGUUUUUGUUGCUUUUCAAGGUUAAUAUUCUUGAAAAUAGUUGCUGUUAUGUAUAACUUUUCUAAUAAAAGUUGUUAUAAGCUA